GAGAACAUGAGGCUUCCCUUCUGGUUCCUUCUGGCCGUGGUCCUGAGCAUGGAGCUAGCUGUAACACGGGGCCUGCGAUGCCACCUGUGCAAGGGAUUUGGAGGAUGCUCCCGCCGGUCUGACUGCCCAAGGAACUCCACCCACUGUGUCAUCAUUGCCACCCGGUCUCCCAUCAGCUUUACAGAUCUUCCUCUGGUGACGAAGAUGUGCUACGAUAGCUGUCCUGGUGUCCGCAGCUUGGGCUUAGGUCCUCAUGUAUCCAUCGCUUGCUGCCAGUCCAAUCUCUGCAACAGGGACUGACCACACUCCUCCACUCCCAGCUGGCUCCACAGAACCAUACCACGCCCCUUGGUCAGGCCAUGGAGGUCAUUCCAGCUUGGCCACGCCAAAGCCCCUCUCCCCUCCCCCCCCAACUCACACUUCCUCAGGAAGUUCUGAAUGAAGUCCUGUGUAAAUUCACUGUGAUACAAACCUAAGAUCCAACCUGUGGGUCACCCUCAGUAUCAACGAAUCUCCCAAUAAAAACUACCUGG